AUGAGCCCCAAUAUUGAAGUUGAAAAUUUAGUGGAAAAAUCAAGGUUUCCAAAGACUGUAAAUGAAACACUAGGAAUAAUUGCUUAUUUUCCAUUUGGAGUUAUUUUAGUUGUUUUAAGAGUUUUUAUUGCAAUAAAUGCAUUACUUUUGACAGUGAUAUUGAGCAAUUACCCAAAUAUCCGCAGACCACUUUUAAAAAUUAUGUCUGGUGUUCUCGGAUUAAUUGUUGUUGAAAAAGAAAAUUCUUCAAUUAAGAACAGCAGAGUGUUGGUUUCAAAUUAUUUGUCAUUAUUUGAUCAUAUUGCGUUGCAUUUGGCAACAGGAAGUUUUGCUCCGACAGCUGUAUUCAGUAGACCUGUGGGAUUGUAUUUCGGGCUGAUAUCUACAUUAACUAACGACAAUAUUACAACGGAAAGCACUGUAUUGAAACAGUUUUUAGCUAACGAUAAUGAAAAAACAUUGCUCUUAUUUCCAGAAGGAGCUUCUACUAAUGGAAAGUGUGCUCUACUUAGAUUUUCUAAUGCACCAGCUUUAAUAAGUGACAAUUUACAACCAGUAGUUUUAACAAUUACUCGACCAUCAUUUGCGAAUAUUAAUUUAUCAGUGCUCGGAUCGAAAAAUUUCACAGAAAUAUUUUGGUUUUUUUUUGUUCCAUUCACAAAAUUUGAGUACAAACUUCUCGAGGUGAUUCAAAGAUCUGAAGACGAAUCUAAUGAAACUUUAAUGUCCAGGGUGGAAAUAGCCAUUUCACAAGAACUCAACAUAUCUACUUCAAAUAUUACAAAGAACGAUAAGGAAGAUUAUAAAAAAAAAUAUUUAUUGGAAUUGGCCGAAAACGCUAGAAAGCAUAACAAACAUGUAACCCUGGAUAAUUUUGAAGAGGAUCCUGAAAUAUUAAGAAUGGCUGCACAAGUUACUGAUGUUCUUCCAUAUGUUCCCCAGAAUGUCGUUGUUGCCAACCUUAGGCGAACAAGAUGUGUUGACAUAACAAUUACAAAUAUACUUGAUGGCACUAUUAAGUUUACUCCAUUGCCACAGUCUUCCAAAGUACCAAAACCGACGUCCAAAAGAACAGAACCCAAUAAUUUUGGAGUUGGAUCAUUCAUGGAGAGGAAAGCAAAGUUGAUUGAUGAAGCCCGCCAACGGUACAUUAAAAAACAUGGACUUCAUCACUUGGUCCAGUGA